CCCACCCCCUCCGCGCCAAUCGCAGUUUCCUUGUCCCUCCCCGAAUCUUGCCUUACUCGGCUUCCCGCUUCUGCGCACCUCGAACCGGCCUAAACCACCUGCCUCGACCCCCUUUUCUCCUGGUAACACAAACAGCAUGUCGGACUACAACUCAGUGCCACCCGGGGCUGGAGCAGCACUUGGAGCCGGUGGCGGAAUCAAGAAGGAUGCCUUCGCAGAUGCGGUGCAGCGAGCUCGGCAGAUCGCAGCGAAAAUCGGCGGAGAUGUGGGAGGAGCCCCUCUGAACAACACCGGCGUCCCCGAGAGCUUCCCCUUCACCGCACAGAAACGCCAGCUGGAGGACGCAGUUUAUGAUGGGUGUGAUCUCUCUACAGAUCAACCAGAAAGCAAGAAAAUGGCCCCCCAGAGUGACCGGGACUCGGGCCCACCCAUGUCCUCCAUCGGAGCAACUCUUGCAGCCAUGGCCCAGAGACCGUCCAGCCUCACGGAGGACUACAGAGUGCCGGACAGCAUGGUGGGCCUGAUCAUUGGCCGAGGAGGAGAACAGAUCAAUAAGAUCCAGCAGGACUCUGGCUGCAAGGUCCAGAUCGCUCCAGACAGCGGCGGGCUUCCCGAUAGGAGCGUGUCUCUCACCGGAUCGCCGGACGCCAUACAGAAGGCCAAAAUGCUGCUGGACGACAUCGUGUCCCGGGGCAGGGGCACGCCCCCGUCCUCUUUCCACGAGUCGACCAACGGCCAGAGCGGCUCCAUGCAGGAGAUGAUGAUCCCAGCCGGGAAGGCGGGGCUGAUCAUCGGCAAGGGAGGAGAGACCAUCAAACAGCUGCAGGAGCGCGCGGGAGUGAAGAUGAUCCUCAUCCAGGACUGCUCUCAGGCGGCCAACGUGGACAAACCGCUGCGCAUCAUCGGAGAGCCCUACAAAGUCCAGCAAGCACGGGAGCUGGUGCAGCAGAUUCUCAACGAGAGGGAUCACCCCGGGUUCGGAGACCGGAACGAAUAUGGGUCCCGCAUGGGAGGUGGCGGCGGCGGAGGAGGAGGAGGAGGAGGCGGCAUGGACAUGCCGGUCCCGCGCCACUCCGUCGGGGUCGUGAUCGGCCGCAACGGAGAGAUGAUCAAGAAGAUUCAGAACGACGCCGGGGUCAGGAUACAGUUCAAACCCGAUGACGGCGUGGGCCCCGACAAGGUGGCGCACAUCAUGGGCCCCCCGGACCGCUGCGAGCACGCGGCCAGCAUCAUCAACGACCUGCUGCAGAGCAUCCGGGCGCGAGAGGAGGGCCAGGGGGGUCCUCCAGGGCCUCCUGGUGCAGGAAUGCCUCCGGGCGGCCGGGGUCGAGGGCGGGGCCAGGGCAACUGGGGCCCCCCCGGUGGGGAGGUGACCUUCUCCAUCCCCAGCCACAAGUGCGGCCUGGUGAUCGGGCGGGGCGGGGAGAACGUCAAGGCCAUCAACCAGCAGACUGGCGCCUUCGUGGAGAUCUCCCGCCAGCCGCCUCCCAACGGAGACCCCAACUUCAAGCUCUUCAUCAUCCGGGGCUCCCCGCAGCAGAUCGACCACGCCAAGCAGCUCAUCGAGGACAAAAUCGAGGGUCCGCUGUGUCCUGUUGGUCCAGGUCCUGGCGGGCCGGGCCCAUCCGGUCCCAUGGGCCCCUAUAACCCCAACCCCUAUAACCACGGACCCCCUGGACCGCCACACGGAGGCCCACCAGGUGGUCAUCAGUGCCCCCCUCAGGGCUGGGGUGGUACUUACCAGCAGUGGCAGCCUCCUGGUCCUCAUGACCCCAGCAAGGCUGCUGCAGCGGACCCGAACGCGGCCUGGGCGGCCUACUACGCUCAGUACUACCAGCAGCCAGGGGGCGCCAUGCCCGCACAGGCCCCCACCACCCCUACAGGGGCCCCGGCGCCCGCUGACCAGUCCCAGGCAGGCCAGGCCCCGGGGGGGCAGCCCGACUACACCAAGGCAUGGGAGGAGUACUACAAGAAAAUGGCUCAAGCUGGUGGCACACCGGCGGCAGCGGCGGCGGCCCCAGCCUCCGGCGGCUCUCAGCCGGAUUACAGCGCGGCCUGGGCAGAGUACUACAGGCAGCAGGCUGCCUACUACGGGCAGCCAGGACAGACUGCGGGACAGCCAGCCGCUCCACAGCAAGGCCAGCAGACGCAGUGAAACUUGGACUGGACUUGGAAUAAGACCGUCUCAUUCUUCAAACCCAGCCAGCUAUCUGGACUUUUUAACCACGAAAAGAUAUUUUAGUUUUAUUUUAUUUUUUAAGUUCAUGGUUUUGAGUCCUAAGAUUUUGUGGUGGGGAGAAGUACCUUUCUUCCCCCACCACCCCCGUGUUCUACUAAUUUUUAAGGAAAGUGUGAAAAACGAACAAAAAAAAUCCUCAGAUUUGCAAAGCGACCAGUGGGCCUACGCAGGCCGAUUAAUUUUCUUUCCUCUUCUGCAUAUCGCCGCGUCAUCCCAGUCCCUCGUGUGAAUUUGGAACCUGUGAAGUCUGCAGUGCAAAUAAACCUGCCCAGUAUCACCAGCUGAUAUGCGUCUGUCCGACUGAAUGGACUCACACUUUUCCCUCUGUAAUUUAAGUGUGAAACUGUCUACUAAAAAGUACUUACUUCAGGUUCUUCUUCAGCAUCUCCAUUGGACAUCUUUUUUUAAGAGGGGGAAAGAAUUGUUUGCUUAGAAUCUUAGACUGAUUUUUAUUUUGAAGGUUGUUUUUUUGUAUUUUAUUUUUUACCCUCCCCCUUCCUAGUUAUGAGUUGGAACAUUCCCAGUACUGAAGUAGCAGGUUUUCCAUCCAUUUUUGAAAACGUUUGUUUGAUUUCCGCCCUUCCUCUCACUGUUGCCCUGUAGUUGGUAUGGGUUUUCCUGUGUGUGAAUGUGAAAGCAUGCACACACGUCUGUACAGUGUAAGAGUUGAGUGUCUGUCAGCAUCUUUGUGUGUGUGUGUGUGACGAUGCAUGUACGUCUGCCUGUCUGGUGUGCAGGUGUGUGUACAGUGGUACAUGGAAUGUUUGUGGUUGACAGUGAAGCCAGCACAGCUCACAUGGGACUUCCUUGUGCUCUGACUCUUGCUUUGAUUACAGUUAUGUCCAGGAGAGAAGACUUCCGUUUUGUCCUUUUUUUGCCCCUCUCUCCCUGUUCCAAGAAGUCAUGAUGUUAUAUAUUGUAUGCUCGGUUUUUACUUUUUACGGCUUGUUUUUAAAAACUUCACAAUAAAAGAUAUCAGGACCCUG